GUUUCAAAAUAAACGGCUGGAUUAAUUUGAGGAGAAAACAUCACCUCAGUAAGCGAACGCGAACAUUGUGUGCGAUCCAUUGAUUUUGAGCUUUCAAUAAAAUAUUUUUCAACUGGGGGUGAAAGCCGGGGAUAUCUGUGAGCGCAACCCCAAGACAAAAUGACAUUCGGUGGUUUGAUUGUCAUUAAUUAAUUGGAUUAUUCGGUGUUGUGUCAUUGUGUGGAAGUGUCCAGUCGUUCCAAUAGAAGUUGAGCCCCUGGAUGACCUGAGAUCAUCAUCGGGUGAUUGUUAAGAUAAAUCAUAAAUGUUAUAAAUCGUUUGAUAAAUUUAUUGGAGCAUCGAGAAGUUGAAAUAUAUUGUUGCGUUCGGGGAAACGCUAAUAAGACAAUUAAGAAGGAGAUCGGGGCGGUUUAUUAAUAAUAUUAAUUAGAGGGGAGACAGCGGACAGAUCUGUCCUUCCGAAGAUAUCUGUUGAUCAUUGGAGACACCGGACUUUUCUCCUGGAAGACCGCUCUUUUGGGCCCGUUCGUGACGGUCCGUUAAACGAGAGGUGGUUUUAAUGGUUCGAAAGGGGAGUCGUGACAAUAUUGAUGAAUUGCGGGGGAGUGAUCAAUGAUUUAUUCAAGUCGAUCGAUUCUCCGCAUCAACUCUUGAUUUGAGUCCAUCGGGUUAUCAUGCAGGAGCAUAAGUCCUUCUUGAUAAGGGAUCUCCUUGGAGAUGUCUUGGCUGAACGCGUUCAAGAUGACUCGGAAGACGAUUCUGCACUUCAUUCUGAUUCUGAGGAUACGAUAGAUCCUGGUCACAGUCCCUGCACUCGACUGGAGAGUCCCCCACCUGUGCUAUCACCAUCACCUGGUUCAGCACAAAAUUGUGGACCUUCUGGUAAUGUCACUAGCGGCCGCAAACCUCGACGGAGACGUACAGCAUUCACUCACGCACAAUUGGCGUAUCUAGAGCGUAAAUUCAGGUGUCAAAAGUAUCUCAGUGUUGCUGAUCGCAGUGAUGUCGCUGAUGCUCUAUCGCUGUCCGAAACACAAGUCAAAACUUGGUACCAGAACAGAAGAACGAAGUGGAAACGUCAGAAUCAACUGAGACUGGAACAACUCAGACAUCAAGCGACAGUGGAAAAGGAACUUCUGGUCAGGGGAGUGGGACUUCAUCACAGCAGUAUCGAUGCCUACUGUCCACCAUAUACGCAACCCCAGGGUGCAUCACGUCCGUCGCAUCAGCCACCACCACCACCACCACCACCUCCACCCUCGAGCGCAUCCACCGCGGCAUUUCUGUCAACUGCCGCCGCACUCUUCCGUAAUGUUACUUAUGUACACGGCUGUCCACUUUAA